AUCCAUUCCAUCCACCCCCGUGCGUCACUGAAACGUCUCUGAAACCAUCAUUGACCCAUUGACCAUUGGAAGGAAAUAACUAAUCAAUUUUUGUGGGUUUAUUUAAUUAUUAAUUGUAUUGAUUUUUAGUGUGCGUUAUAAUAAUGGAACCAAAUCCUGUAAUUAUCGCUGCUACUGCGAAACAUACAGCUUCUCUUAUAUUUUUCCAUGGUUUGGGCGAUACCGGUCAUGGUUGGGCUAGUACUAUUGCUGCUAUCAGGGGACCCCAUGUAAAAGUGAUAUGCCCUACAGCAUCUACUAUGCCUGUCACUUUAAAUGCAGGCUUUAGAAUGCCAUCGUGGUUUGAUCUCCGAACUCUUGAUGCAACAGCCCCAGAAGAUGAAGAGGGCAUUUUAAGAACAACAAAACUUGUACAUGCAUUGAUUGCUGAUGAAGUAAAGGGUGGUAUUCCAGCUAAUCGUAUCUUGGUUGGGGGGUUCUCUCAAGGAGGAGCGUUGGCCCUACAUUCCGCCUUGACAUAUCCAGAGAGUUUGGCUGGUGUCAUGUCAUUGUCCUGUUGGUUACCAAGACAUGCUCAUUUCCCAGAUGGUGUGAAGGCGCCAUUAGACUUACCGAUAUUUCAAGCACAUGGCGAUUGUGAUCCAGUUGUCCCAUUCAAAUGGGGACAAAUGACGGCUUCAUUCCUCAAGACUUUUAUGAAGAAUAUAGAAUUCACGACAUACCAAGGACUUACUCACAGUUCUUCAGAAGCAGAACUUAAAGAUAUGAGGGCCUUUAUAGACAAAACUUUGCCAGCUACUAAAUAAUUGCAUCACAAAACAUUAGGUACUAAAAAGAUUACCUACUUGUAGCACGAUACUUUAUUUUUUAUCGUUUUGAUUACAAAUGAUAUUGAAGUACCUAUAUUAUUGUAACAUUAUGAACUUAAAUAUCGUCUUGGCGAUUUAAUAUAUUAAUAUUACAUCUAAUAGAUUUACGUAGUUUUCGGAUAAAUCAAAGCUAUAUUUAGUUACUUAUUAUUUGUGCAGAUUGUAACAUAUUUUACAGUAGAAUUUAAUGGGAAUAAAGAGUUGAAACUUAUAA